AUGCUAGAAACCCAAACUUAUGAUGCACAUAGUACCCGAGGGAUCCUGCUGGUUCUCGCUAUGCAGACUUAUAUGUACUCUCUGCUACAAUCUCUUCACCUGAUUCAUCCUGCUUCUUUCCCAGGCUUCGGGUAUUUUAUGCCGUUAGGCGAAUUUACAUCAAUGCUACUUCCGUCUAUUCCCCCGGACCUUUCGGCUCGCUCCUUGGGCGCUUUUCUUUUGGACAUACUAAAAACCCCCUCCCUGUUUUAUAUCUAUGUUUACCUGCGACCAUUCAUUGAAGUUCGACUCUAUAGGUUGAUCCGCAGGCGGUUACCAAAACCUAGUCUUACGGACGACCUUUCCAUCAAAGUGGCUUUUGACAAUGAUCUGAUUGACUGGAUGGUACCCACACUUGGUCGUCGUGCGGUAGAGGAGACACUGCGCAGCAAGCUCUCGCUGACGGAAGACUUGCUGUACGAGGCAUUUUCUCUUUGGCAGUGGGUGACAUCCAAACUGACUUUCAGGACGCGGCGAGGCUCUUAUGCUUCAGACAUUGGAGCAGAACAUGAGACACAAACUCAAUCUGCGGAUCUACCUUUGGAGCAACACGCCCAGAGCCGGAGGAGCGCGCGAUCUAACACUACUGAUCAACCGGCACCAAUACCACAUUAUGACAAUGGCGACAGCGUCGCCUUGUCAAAUGAAGAAACCCAGCUGCCCAAUGGAGAGAGUGUGGACAUACUAAGACGUGCGAGAAACCUCACCCUUUCUACGCGCACAUCCUCACCGGAUCCAGAUCUACAUACACACGGCGGGAUCCCUUCAAUUGAGAGUCAACGAGCAUCCUGGUCAGAUACACUACAUUCUCGAGUGUCAUCGCCUGCAUCUUCGCAGUCAUCUCCGCGGGUCCGAGCACACGUAAUCCCGAAUUCAGACGUCAUUGCCAUGCAACUAGAGCUAGGGAGUCGCCGGCUUCAAGACCGGAGACAAAUUAAUGCUGCCAUUGACGCUCAAGACGGCUUACAGAAUGAAGGACCAGCUGGUCGCCGUUCCAUUUCUGAGCUCCUUGACACUCUUCUCUUGAAUGAUGGCCGGAAUCUUGCCACAAUCAUCAACUCCGAUGGUACGGAUAGCGAUGGCCUCUCAAAUAUGACUGCAGCAGUUUCCCCUGAUCUUGGAGAGCCGGCUCGCUCAUCUUCUCUCCAAAAUCAAGCACACAGUCCAACAACCGCACAACUCGAUUCAGCCGUCGAAAACGGCAUCUCAGAACCUGUGAACAUCCUCCCCGACAUCGUCGAAGAACCACCCCUGCACACAACAAACUCAUCGGAACCCCAACCAAUCGUAGAGGACGACGACCUUGAAGACGAUGACAACGACAGCGAUAAUGACAAUGGAUCCUCUGUAUUCCCCUCUAGAGGGGACCCCAGCGCACUCCCAAACACGACUCAGCCCCAAAUUACAGGCUCCACGACGGCAGCGCACAGAGUCACCAUCCUCUCUGCGCUCCCGGUCGACUCUCUAGCCUCGCACCUCUCAUCCAUGCUUACAACAGCUCUCUUCGCGCCUCUCGAAGCGUUUUACCUGCGAUCGCUGGCUUCUUCGUAUCUUUUUGCCGCAGGUGCAUCUGGCGCUCUUCGGGCUGAUGUCUAUAAGCUGGGUGCCUGGGGUGGCGGACCCUGGGGUGAUGACCGGUUGGCGUAUAUGGGGAAGCUGGCUCUUAUGUUUGGGCUGCAGGCUGCUGUUAACGCAUCGGUUUGGGGGGUUAUUUCUGGGACGGCAAUUCGGAUUGGGAGGAGGUGGUGUGGAUGGGGUACACUCUAA